AUGGCCAUGCACAUUUCCUUUAGAUCACUAUCAGUGUCAAACUCAAACCAAAGAGCAUCACCACUACCUUUAGGGGAGAGAAUAUCAGAAGAGCCUCAACUUUUGCCUUAUAAACCUGCUCAAAGCGCAGUCACAUGCAUCUACCAAGCCAAAAUUGCAGGAUGUUGGAGGAAUGUGUCAGUGUUGUGGCGCAAAAACCUCAUCAGCCACACACUAAAACUCAAGGUUGAUAGCACAAGAGGUGAGUUCACAUACACUUGUAAGAUAGAUGUUAAGCCUUGGUACUUUUGGAGGAAAAAAGGGUACAAAUCUUUUGAGGUUGAUGGCCACCAGAUGGAAGCCUAUUGGGACUUCCGGUCGGCUAAAUUUGCCGGCGGCAGCCCCGAGCCGCGCAGCAACUACUAUGUGGCGUUGGCAUUGGAUGAGGAGGUUGUGUUGCUGUUGGGAGACUACAAGAACAAAGCUUACAACAGAAUGAAACUGAGGGCAGGCCUUGUUGAGGCAGUGCAAUUUUUCAAGAGAGAAAACGUGUUUGCCAAGAAAAGUUUCUCAACCAAGGCAAGGUUUGAUUGGAAGAAAAAAGAAAGUGACAUUGUUGUGGAGAGCUCAACAUUUGAGCUUAAAAAGCCUGAGAUGAGGAUAACCAUUGAUGGGAUUGUGCUCAUUCAUGUUAAGAACUUGCAGUGGAAAUUCAGAGGGAACCAAACUGUUAUGGUUAACAACCAACCUGUGCAAGUUUAUUGGGAUGUUCAUGAUUGGCUUUUUAGUGGGUCCAGGUCAGGUCCUGGCCUAUUCAUUUUCAAGACAGGGCCUGUGGAAGCAGAUAAUGAAAAAGAGGAGAAUGGUUUAGAAUUUUGUGACAGUGAUGAUGGUAGCAGUGGCUAUUAUUCACCUAAGGGUCAUGCUCCUUUUGAGUCUUGCUACGUACUAUAUGCACACAAACUUGAGUCAUAG